UGACACGAUUGACAGAGCCAAUCCCCCUGCAAGUGCCUGCACCAUACACGAUGGACCAAGAAGCGAAGGUCGGCGUCGACUACCAGAAUGAGCUCAUGGCUCGCUGCGCUCGCGGCAAUCACGAUGCCGUGACGAAGUACGGCACAUUUGGUAUCAUCAUGGCUAUUGUAUGCUUCCCCUGUGGACUGAUCUGUCUUUGCUCGGACAAGCAAAAACGUUGCGUGCGGUGUGGGGUCCGUGUUGAUUCAUAAAACCGUCGCGGUUGUUCUCUUUCUUGCUUUUUACUCGUGGGUUAUUAGGGCAUUUGUGUCGUUUGGCCAACCAUGCUCAGUGAAGGGCUAUAAUUUUGAGUCAAGACGUAGUUCUCAGCAGUCUCUUUUUUCUGUGGAUGGUCGCAGCGUAUUUAUAUGUAUAUUUAUAACUUCCACACUUGAUCCUGGCGACAGCCAAACUCUGCCAACAACCCACCAACUGGACCUUGGGAGUAAUUGCGACCGUAUGGCCCCGCAAUUGCGGUGAUCAUCCUGCAAUCAGGAGUUAAUAAGC